AUGUGGCACUUUUUCAAAACAGAAAGAAAAAAAAGGCUGCACAACGCAGAAAGAGCAUCUGAACGUGGUCAACCUUUGAGCCUUCAAGCGACAAUUUUGAUCAUUUUUAAUGGGGAUUUCUUUUCAUUCGAGUGUUUGAAAGGUUUUCAAGAGAAGCCAAAGCAAUUAUAUUCAUGCUUUUGUACAAUCGCCUCUUCUUAUGCCAUAGCCAUGACGAGAAGGUUAUGCUUUUGCUGUUUGCCUGUCGUAGCGAUGUAA